CAAGUUAGAGACCCUGAGACCUCGGUUAACAUAGCACAGAUCUUCAUAGGAACCGGAAACAACUUAAGAUGCAAGGGGUCAGCAAAAGAAGCGUCGGUCAGACCGUCAAACAGGCUCGAGCUCGAUCCGCCUCGACCGAUGCACAGGCUUCGUCGAGCUCUUCUUCAAAGUCGAAUAUCAAGGCAGCCAUGUUGAUCCAUCGAGCUCCCCUCCUCACGCCCACCCCCUCAGCUUUCGAUCAAGCCUAUCAUCAAUACUCAUCCUCUCUCCGACUUGCCCUUUCCAAUCCCAUCCCGACCGAGUUUUACUUCAAGAAAGGUUCUCUGACAGAGAGAAGGUUCUCUAGGGCACAGUGGCAGCGGGAAAAGGCAGUGUUCGGAGAAAAGCUCGCAGGGAAACAGCCAGACGUUGGCGAGCUUCCGGCCGAAGACGAAGUCAAGCUGAACGUACGGGAAAGCGAAGAGAACGUGAGCGAUGUCUCGUCGGAAUCAGCAAAGAAACUGGAGAGGAAAGGGGAUGGGAACCUGUACCUACUGGUCAAGAACAAGGAGAGUGGGAAAUGGUCGUUACCUACGGGCGGGUUACAAGGAGGAGAGGCUCUACAUGAGGCGGCAUCACGAACGGUAGCAACACAAGUCGGACAGGAAAUGGACUUGUGGUUGGUGACACGGAAGCCUGUUGGGCUGAUAUCAGAGGGUUCCGGCCAAACUUUCAUUUUCAAAUCUCACAUCCUCGCUGGCGCACCAAGCCCUACAUCAUCAUCAUCUUUUUCUGAUUACGCCUGGUUGACAAAGGAGGAGAUCCGACGGGCUCUGGGCGGUGAAGAGGUAGACGCAGGUGCAGCGGACGGGCUCGACGCGGAGACUCCCGAGAAGCCGCAAUCGGUCUGGCGUCAGGUCGAGGCCUUGUUGAGCUGAUGAAGACCGUUGACGACACUGAUGAAUAUACCAUACAACUUUGGAGCACUUUUAUGCAUGAUUUCGAAGCGUGAUCUACAAGGCAGGCACCGGGCCUUCUGGAACUUGUUCAGAUCCUCCUUUGGCGGCCGAAACGGGUUCAGGGGUCUUGGACAGCUCUCUCGUCAGACUUUCCGGUUUGCCGCCAACCGACCCCCUCUUACUCUCUUCGACAGCCAUUUGAAUGGCCUCUUU